AUGUCAUGGCAAAAUUUGAAUCAAAGUCUUUUUCAUCAGAUGUCAAAUGAUGACUUAAAUGAUUUGGCACAGGAUUUAAAGGACUUGUACCAUACCCCAUCUUUUCUGAACUUCCAUCCCCUGGGUGAGGAUAUUGACAUCAUUUUUAACUUGAAAAGCACCUUCACAGAACCUAUUCUAUGGAGGAAGGACCAACAUCAUUAUCAUAUGGAGCAGCUGACUCUGAGUGAUCUGCUGGAGCCUCUUCAGAGCCCCUGUCUUAUCCAAGGGGAAUCAGGCAAAGGGAAAUCUGCUCUGCUCCAGUGAAUCGCCAUGCACUGGGCCUCUGGAAAGUGCUGGACUUUGGCUGAGUUCAAAUUUGUCUUCUUCCUCUGACUGAACAGGGCCCAGGGUGGAAUCUUCGAAAUCCUGUGUGAUCAACUGCUGGAUAUACCAGACAAAAUCCAGAAGCAGACUUUCAUGGCCACACUGCUGAAGCUAUGGCAGAAAGUUCUUUUCCUCCUUGAUGGCUACAAAGAAUUCAAAUCCCAGAACUGCCCAUAAAUUGAAGCCCUGAUUAAGGAAAACCACCAUUUCAAGAAUAUGAAUGCUGAAGGUCUGACAAAUAGGAGGAAGCUGUAUUUACUGCGUUUGACCAACAUGUCUGACACUGAAGAAGGAAUGGAUUACAGAGUCCAUGCAAGUAGGAAGGUUCGCCCCAAGUCUCUAUCAGCCAAAUCCAACAGCUUUGAAGAAAUCCAAUUAGUCUCCUGCUGCCUAUCUGCAAGUGUAGUGAAAACCCUAAAUCAGAAUCUUCAUAAUUUGGUCAAACUGAAAAUUCUUCAUUUUUCUGAAAAUUACCUGGAAAAAAAUAGAAACGAAGCUCUACAUGAGCUGGGAUCUGCAUCUCGUCUUCGUAGAAAGUGCUCUGUCCAUCAAGGAGUGAAGGAACUUCCUGAGAAAGCUGAAAAGGGGUUAAAAAUGUUAAAUUUUUGUUUCCAACUAACUUAUUUCUUUACUCGGGUUCAUUUUUUUGUGAAGAACCCACUGCAAAACUUUUGGCAGUGGGAUUUUGCAGGAAACUGUGUGAGCAGUGAUGGAUGGUUUGCCUUCAUAGGUGUAUCUGAGAAUCUUCACAACUGUGUUUUUCAACUGAGUACUAAAGGCUUUUUAUCUGAUGCAGUUUUAGCCAGAAAACUAAGCCAUGUGAUAUCCAAAUUAACUUUUUUUCCACACCAUAAGCUAGGCUUACGUUGUGGCAAUUUGAUGAUGAUGAUUUCAUUGUUAUUAGAGAUACUUUUAAACUAG